GCAGUGGCGAACAGGUGAGCGGCUGGGGCUCCGGGUCCCCGCCCCUGCCUCCUCCUACCGGUUCUCAAUAGCACUUGGCCGCUCCGCGGCUCCUCUCGGUUUGGGGUUUUGCAACUGGCAGCUGGCUUUUUUCCCUCCUCCCCUGUCGAGGGCUCUCCUUCUUCUUUUAGGUUGCUCCACCCCGCCCAGGAUCAGGCGAGGGGGGAACAAGCUCCGCCGCUGCCAACUGGCGCCCAGUGCAGCCGCGAACACGGGGAGUGGAGUCCGGGAUCCAAGAGCGCGCUGCGGGGCAUCUGCUUCUUCCACGCCCCAGCUACCCCAAGUCCUCUCACCCUCACCCCUUCUCCACUUUUCCCCCGUUUGCAAUCACAUGGCAUUUUAAGAAUGCUGGAAAGAUGGCGGUAGCGGCAGCGGCUGUGGCUGCGCCGGCUGGCGGUGGAGGCGCCCGGGCGCAGCGGAGCGGACUGUUGGAAGUUUUGGUGCGGGAUCGCUGGCAUAAAGUUCUGGUGAACUUGAGCGAGGACGCCCUGGUGUUGAGCUGCGAGGAGGGCGCUACGGCGUACAACGGCAUAGGGACUGCCACCAAUGGUUCGUUCUGCAGGGGCUCCGGGACCGGGCACCCGGGCACUGGUGUGACUCAAGCCCCGGACUCUCCUGCCGGGGUCCGCACCGCCUUCACCGACCUGCCAGAGCAGGUGCCUGAGUCCAUCUCAAACCAGAAGAGGGGCGUGAAGGUCCUGAAGCAGGAGCUGGGCGGGCUGGGCAUUAGCAUCAAAGGGGGCAAGGAAAACAAGAUGCCCAUACUCAUCAGCAAGAUCUUCAAGGGGCUGGCAGCCGAUCAGACCCAAGCCCUGUACGUGGGCGAUGCCAUCCUGUCGGUGAAUGGAGCAGACCUGCGGGACGCCACCCACGACGAGGCAGUACAGGCGCUGAAGCGCGCAGGCAAGGAAGUGCUGCUGGAAGUGAAGUACAUGAGAGAAGCCACACCUUACGUGAAGAAAGGAUCCCCCGUGUCUGAGAUUGGAUGGGAAACACCUCCACCUGAGUCCCCAAGAUUAGGGAGUGGCUCUGCAGAUCCUCUGUCAUCCCAGCCCUUCUCCUUCCAUAGAGACCGGAAAAGCAUCCCCCUCAAGAUGUGUUAUGUCACCCGGAGCAUGACUUUGGCUGACCCUGAAAACAGGCAGCUUGAAAUUCACUCGCCAGAUGCUAAGCACACAGUGGUCCUGAGGAGUAAGGACUCUGCCACUGCCCAAGCCUGGUUCAGUGCUAUCCAUUCCAACGUGGGUGACUUGCUGAUCCGUGUGGUUGCUGACAUCAGGGAGCAGCUGGGGAAGACAGGUAUUGCUGGCAGUCGUGAGAUCAGGCAUCUUGGCUGGCUUGCAGAAAAGGUACCCGGAGAGAGUGAGAAACAGUGGAAACCAGCCCUGGUUGUUCUGACCGAGAAGGAUCUUCUAAUCUAUGACAGCAUGCCUCGGAGGAAAGAGGCCUGGCUCAGCCCGGUACAUUCGUACCCACUUCUUGCCACCAGGUUGGUCCAUUCGGGCCCAGGGAAAGGAUCACCUCAGGCUGCUAUGGACCUGUCCUUUGCAACUCGAACUGGUACCAAGCAAGGAAUUGAAACACAUCUGUUCAGGGCAGAGAUCAGCAGGGACCUCUCCCACUGGACAAGGAGCAUAGUACAGGGGUGCCACAAUUCAGCAGAGCUCACUGCUGAAAUCACCACCGCCUGCACCUACAGAAACCAGGAAUGCCGUUUGACCAUACAUUACGACAAUGGAUUUUCUAUUUCCACUGAGCCUCAGGAUGGUGCCUUUCCCAAGACAAUCAUACAGUCCCCUUAUGAGAAGCUCAAAAUGUCUUCGGAUGAUGGAAUCAGGAUGCUCUAUUUAGACUUUGGAGGCAAAGAAGGAGAGAUUCAACUGGACCUUCACUCCUGCCCCAAGCCCAUCGUUUUCAUCAUCCAUUCCUUUCUGUCUGCUAAGAUCACACGGCUGGGCUUGGUGGCCUGAACAGAGGGGCGACUUGCCUUAGGAAAGGAAGCCUGCCAUGCCUCAGGACUGUGACAUCGGGCAGUGCACCAGAUAUAGCAUGCACAGCCAGCUUCAGGUUUCAGGAGUCACAUGUACCAUCAUCCCAGGCUCCUCCAUCCGUUUCAGAAAAUCCAAGGGACAACCUAAAGAAAACACCACAGGGGUUUUAUCAGAAUAAAAUUUCAUAGAACAGAACAAAGAGGUGGGGGUGGGUGAAUACGCAGAGCAUAUCUCUAAAAUUAUGACAACCAAGGACACAGCCAUUACAGCAGCACAGGAAGAUCUUAAUCAGUCCAGUCUCUAGGCAACUGGUUUGCCCAGGUAAGCCAGAGCCAAGCCGAUGAGAAACAACUAGCUACACCUUUCCUCUGCCCCUAGUAACAGCCCCUUGCUUUCCUGUGAUUAUUUCCCGAUUCAAGUUGAGCUAACUAUCAUUGGUAGGAACAACAACAACAAUGCACACCUAUUUUUUUUUCUUUUAAAGAAUGAAGCAGCUGCUCCUUAAUUUCCUUAAUGAGGUAUUUUUCUGUUGGUCUAAAGUGAUUCCAAAGUGUUCUCAUUAGCAUAUGUUGAACAGGAGUGAGAUAAAGCGCUGGAUAUUGACCUGAGCUCUAAGCUGGCAGAAUCUGAACCAAAGUGGAUUGUUUCAACUGCAAAGUUAUCCUGAAGACUCGUACACACAAAUGAUGAUUAAUUCUGGAACUCCACUCCACACCCGUGGAUGCUGUCUCAUAGCCAAAACUGGUACCCAUUUUUACAGACAUCAAAUUCCGGGCAAUUUUCCAAAAGAUUGUCAUUACACACUCAGACACACACACACACACACACACACACACACACACACACACACACACACACACACGUCAUACAGUUGGGAGUUAACUGCAUUUCACAGUUUUCAGUGGAAGCACCGUUCAGUGACUCCUGUUUUUGCCUGUUUUCAUGCACAUGCCUUUUAAGUAAUAGAAAGCAUCUCUCGGUUCUUGACGAUGCUAUUUUAC